ACCAUGGAUUGGGAUUUCUGAUCAUUACAGAGGUUUCUUACAAACAAAGUUCGGCCUCCCCAAAUAAUUUUGAUCCCAUGGGUAAUCUUAAUUUGCAAUUCAUUACAUAGAAAUAUAACAGUCUAAAAGCCCUAUGGUACAACUUUUUGUUUUUCCUCACUUUCUCUCUCUAUAAAUUUAUAUAUAUUUUUUAUUGUAAAGACAUAUCAUAUACAAUUUUUUAAUUUUCUUUUUUGAUAUGGAGGCAUGGAGAUUUGGAUUCAUGAUCAUUGCUCCAUGAAAAUAAGAACUUAUGAAAUAUAUUUUAGACCCGGUUCUUUUUAUUAGAAGCAGAGCAGUUUAUAUACAAAAAUUGGAUUAAUUAAAGAAAGAUUUUGGUCUCAAGUACAAAAUUUUGGUCAAGUUAGAGAUUGCUUUUUUAGGGUGGACAUGUUGCAAUGCCUCAACCUUUCUCAAUGGCUCCAUUUCCUCUAAUACAAAAGCGAAAUGCAACCAGGAAUUGAAAAGACCCAAUAACCAACUGAUUCAUUAAUUCACUGGAGUAAAAAGGGUGAUCUAUAUCGCAAACACUUUUUUAAUGCUAACCCAUCUUUAAUUUUUCCCACCAUUACACUAAAAAGGACCACCCAAAUAAAUUCUACAACGUUAAUAAAUAUGUCUCUUGGCUUUCAAGCUAAGAGAACCUGAUGGUUACGUGCCUGGCAUGCAAAGUUACAAAGGUUCUUCUAGCUAAACCAAUGGCACCACGGGUUGUCACCCAUUGUGACAAUUUGAAUCUAUAGUUUGUACCUCAUUUCUCUAUAUGCAUAAUUCUUUUCUUCUCUUCACAGAGGAACAACUCUUUUCUCUUGGCUCCUUAUGCUCCCACUUUCAGGUAGGCUAAUUUGGAUUAUCAGAAGAGAAGAAAAAAAAGAAUGGCGUCUCUUACACCAGGAGUACUACUAAAGCUCCUUCAGAGUAUCAACUCCAACGUAAAGGUUCGUGGAGAGUACCGUUCGGUCCUUCUACAGGUGAUCAGCAUUGUGCCUGCCUUGACUGGUUCAGAACUAUGGCCUAACCAAGGCUUCUUUAUUAAAGUCUCCGACUCUUCUCAUUCGACAUACGUUUCACUCUCAAAGCAAGAUAAUGAGCUUAUCUUGAACAAUCAGUUACAGCUCGGCCAAUUCUUUUAUGUUGAUAGAGUUGAGGGAGGAACACCAGUUCCUACUCUUGUUGGUGUCAGGCCAAUUCCUGGACGACAUCCUUUUGUCGGGAACCCCAAGGAUUUGAUGCAAAUGUUAGAGCCAUCUGAGGGUCCUGUCCAGGCUGAUAAUGAAGGAACUAAUUCAUCAAAAUCAAAGGAGUUGAUGGAAGUCAUGAGAGAGGAAAAAACAAGGCAAAAGAUUGUCAUCAAAGAGGAAAAGGCGGUUGUUGCAUCUAGGUAUAUGCAAGGUGUUGUAACAUCUAAUUCAAAAGCAAGUGGGUUGGACUCCAGUGGAGGUGGGAAGAACAUUGAAAGUGAGAAUGGUGGUAUAGGUAAGAAAAUCGGUUUGAUCAAAGGGAAACAGCAAGAGCUUAAUGGUCAGGCACGUUCAGUGACUCCUUCCUGCAAUAGACCUGAGGCACUCUCAUCAAAGCCAGAGGUUACGGUAUCUAAUAUCAAGGAGACUUUUGUGCCUUCUAAGAGUAUUUCUGCAAAACGCUCAUCAAGUAAACAGGAAAAUGCAAACUUGAAUCUCUUGUUAAACAACAAAGAAAAGAAUCAUUCGCCAGAGUCACUUUUGUGGUCUUCUUCUCUGCCUGCUAACCUUUUAAGGCAAGGAAAGGGCAUGCUUAGGAGGAGGAAUCUAGCUUCUUUGGUUGCAGCAGAAGCUCAAAAAGAGGCAUCCAGAGCUGCAUCUCUUGUCAAGUGCCUCAGUGGGUUUUCCGACCUUUGCUCAACUGCCUCACCAGAGAAUCCGCUUCUCUCUUUUGAAAAGUUCUUCACACUUCACAAACUUAUCGACCAAUCAAAUAUUACCAGUCCAUUGAAGGAUAAAUCUCUUCAUCUUAUAACUGCAAACUCAUUGCCUUCAGACAUGGAAAAAUCUACUAAAAAGGCAGGCACAGCUCAUCGAAAAAGUAUAUUAAAGUCUUCGAAGCCCUCUAUAGAGUUAAGUGGGAAAGAGAAACUCGAAUGGGCUAACGAAGAUAGUGGAAAAGAUAUCAUAGAACUGAGAGAACUUCUCUUAAACGAAACAACAUCUUGGUUUCUAAAAUUCCUGGAGGCAGCAUUAGAUGUUGGCUUUCAUCUCAACACGCAGGAGAAGAAAGGAAAGGAUAUUGCAGGGCGACGAAAUGAGCCAGACAACCACAUUGCUGUCACGUUAUCACAGCUUAAAAAGGCAAAUGAAUGGUUGGAUAAACUGAAGAGCAAUUCAAGCUCAGAGGACAACGGAUUGGUUGAGACAGUUAAUCGGUUGAAGCAUAAAGUGUAUUCUUGUUUGCUUGUUCAUGUGGAAUCUGCAGCAACUGCCCUUGAAAACCGAUCUGAUCGUGGCUGAUUCAACUACCAAAAUGGAUUUUGCUAUUUUUCUUUUUCUUUUUUUGAUGAUAUUUAUGAAUAAAUUAUUUACAACUAAGUUGAUGUUGAUUUCCUACUAAGAAAGAGUUGAGCUGGACAUUCUUACCAACGAUGUUGAAAUUCAAAUUAUAUUUAAAGUUGGUUUCCAUAUAAAUACUGUAUAGCUAUGAAAAGUCCAUAUCAAUAAAGUGAUCGGAUAUUGUAAAUA